UUUUUUUAAUUCCUCUUUAGCAUCAAUUUGUACUCACAGAUGCAUGUGCGUAUGUAUCUAAUUCGGCAAUUUCUACUCUGCCAUUUUCACACAUACAUAAUAACAUUCAUACAUACAUACAUGCACACUAGCUGGGAUAGAAAAGUUCAAUCGAACCUUAAACUGCUGAGGCAACGGAUCGCUUAUUGGUGCUAACAAACAUAAAUAUUUUAAAAUAUUUUAUGCAAUGCCAAAGGAAGAGGAAUUUGAAGAGGACGAAGAGCAAGAAGACAAAUCUGAUUUGAAAGCUGAUAUAGUUCCUCGCCAGCACGUACCUUAUAUAUUGAACGGUGAGCUUUAUCGAAUUGAAAGCCAGAUUGGCGAUAAUGUGACCGUCAAGUGCUGCUCCUGUCCGCCGGAUCGGAUAUAUCGCGGCAGCGUUCGCUCAACUGGCAAUUUUCAUAUGCACAUAAAGCGUCGUCAUGCAUCUUUGCUGGGAAAAUUACAUGAAAUGAAGGUGGCAGCGUUAAUUGAACGUCGGGAUAGAAUAACGAAAAACCGACGCAUUUCUAAAUGCCGGAAGAAAUCAACAACUCCUGUAAAUGUGUCUGUGCCUGUGCCUGUUACAGUUUCGGCUUCAUCUUCAACUUCGACGACAGAAAUGCCCAAGUACGCGAAAACUCACGAGUUAAAAAUUAAAACGGUGUUUCAGCGACAUAAACAAGAACACCACAAACAGGAGGAAGCAGCAGCUAUUCGAACUUCCGUUUCGCUGUGCGACUCUUCAUUGGAUAACAAUAGCCAAAGUUCCUUGACCCCAUCACAGGACAACACUAAUAAUAACAAUAACAAUACGAGUAAUAUAUCAAAUCUACAGAAUACAAGCAAUCUAACAGAUAUGAGUUCCAAGUCAUUGGACCAAGUCAUUCAACCAACUGCAACCAAUGAUGAUAUACCAGCAUUGAUAUGUAUUCCACGCCUAUUACCUGCUCAUUUCAUCAAACCGGAGCAACAGAAUCAAGUGCCUGUGGAGCAACCGGAAGCUAUAGAUCUCAGUAGAAGCUCUUCCUUGCAGAGUGACGACCUGGAACAUAGCGUCAUGAGUCAUCAUUCUGGACACAAUGCUCAAAUGGAAGUAUCCAGUGGCCAGGAGGUAGCGACGUAUGUUAAUGGAUCGCCACGUGAAAUUCUGAUGCGCAUUGACAAUACAUUGGGCGAUAUCAAGGAUGAGCUGCAAACGCGCAAUCAAAUCGAGCGCAAACGUUUACUCUUCGACAUGGCCAAGUUUAAGUUUCUUCAUCCCAAUUUCAACUUUGAUCCCCCACAAUGAACAAUUGUUUCUGCGAAAUGAAUUUGAUUUCAUUAUACAUUUAAUAUAUUUCUGUU